AUGACUAUUGCCUACCUUUGUCGGCUAUGUCGUGAAGCGAUAAAAUUCUCAUCACCAGAGAAAACAUGGGGAGUGGCGAUUAGUUGUAACAUGCCAUUUUAUGGCAGAAAGGCCGCCAGCGAUCUCAACGAAAUUUUCGAUUGCUUUCCACCCAUAAAAACAGACAACGGAAAUGCUGCCAAUUCCAGUUCUGGUGGAGACAAACGGCUGGGUGCUAUUAGUGCACUUAUGGCUGGUGCUUUUGUUCACGCACGUACUGCAAUCAACCCUCAUUCCCCUUUGGAUUCUGCGAAUGAGCGGCAAACUUAUUUGCAAGGGCGAAUGGACUGCGUUCUUCAACGGUUGGCGUCGCGACAGUAUUGGUCAACUCCACGCUCACUACUUCAUAUGGUAGCGCGUCUCAGCGAUGUCUUCCGAUCCACACGAACAGUACGAGGGCUGGACCCACCUCGAACGACGCACGCCGUUUCAGCGCUGUCUCAAGCGCAAAGCAAAACAUUGUCGCUUGCGACAAACCGAUCAACUGAUCUCGGACGACGACGGUUCAAUCUCGCCUUACGUCGUCCAGAUCCUCAACAUUUCUCCAUGCCAACGGUUACGAAGAGUGAAAAAAAGCCAGUCGCCUGCCCUUCGGCGCAGGAAUCAUUGGAAUUUAAAGGUUUUUGUCAGGAAGGAACAAAUCUCAUUUAA